UCCGGUUUGCAUAUAUAAUAUGCUGCGAAUAGUGUUGUAGUCAGUUUGUUGUGUGGAUGCGCGAAAAUUCACUGCUCGCUUUAAUUAGUGCAUAUGUUAAAUAAUUUUGAUUUGUGUUGCGUUAAAGACCCAAAGGGAUCGUUUGAAGACAGUUCACCAAAAAUGGCCCAAGUUAAUGGGCACCAUGUUUCCGCAACAUGUCCUUUCAGUAGUGAAAAUGUGAACAUGAAAGUUGAUGACACUCAGAAACCAGUGAAACCUAAUCUUCGUGUGAAAGUUCCUCAACCCUUAAGAUUAAAAAAUUUAAUAGGCAACGAAGAGAAUUUUGAUACGCUACAUUCACAGAUAGAAGAAGUUGCUAGUUUUAAUACAAAAUGCUCAGAGAAGGUGUGCCAGUCAAGUAUAAUGGACAUCCCGAACCGUGGGGAUACUCCUAGGACAGUUGAAGAGGUGUUCAGCGAUGCCGAAUUGUUUCUCAAACAAUACUACGCCUCUAUACGAAGAGAAAAUUCUGCCGCACAUACGGGAAGGCUGGAGGAAAUAAAGCGAGAGUUAGAUAAAAAAGGAACCUACCAGCUGAAAACUUCAGAAUUAGUGUUCGGAGCUAAGUUGGCAUGGCGGAAUGCUAACAGAUGCAUCGGUCGGAUACAGUGGAAGAAGUUGCAAAUAUUCGAUUGCAGAGAAGUAACAACUGCCAGUGGAAUGUUUGAAGCUCUCUGUAAUCACAUUAAAUACGCCACAAAUAAAGGAAAUAUAAGGUCAGCAAUAACAAUAUUCCCGCAACGUACAGACGGCAAGCAUGACUAUAGGAUAUGGAAUCCGCAACUAAUCAGCUAUGCUGGAUAUUUGGAGCCAGAUGGUGAGACUGUGUUGGGAGAUCCAGCUCGAAUUGAAUUUACUGAGAUUUGCAUCAGGCUUGGAUGGAAGCCACCUCGUACUGCAUGGGACAUAUUGCCUCUAGUACUGUCAGCAGAUGGCAAAGAUCCUGAAUACUUCGAAAUUCCCCGGGAAAUUAUUAUGGAAGUGAAAAUGGAACAUCCGAGAUUUGACUGGUUCAAAGAACUGGGCUUACGGUGGUAUGCACUGCCUGCCGUUUCCAAUAUGAGACUGGACUGUGGAGGUCUCGAAUUCACAGGGACGGCUUUUAAUGGCUGGUACAUGGGUACAGAGAUCGGUUGUCGCAAUUUAAGUGAUGCUAACCGCUUAAAUAUAAUUGAGACUGUAGCAACAAAAAUGGGUUUAGACACAAAUUCAUACGUAUCCCUUUGGAAGGACAGUGCUCUGGUUGAAGUAAAUAUCGCGGUACUCCACAGUUACCACAGAGAUAAUGUGUCAAUAGUGGACCACCAUUCUGCGUCUGAACAAUUUAUAAAACAUUUGGACAAUGAAAAUAGAAGCAGGGGCGGCUGUCCUGCUGACUGGAUUUGGAUAGUACCUCCAAUGUCUUCUUCUCUGACUGCAGUUUUUCAUCAAGAAAUGGCUCUAUAUAACAUAAGACCUUCAUACGAUUAUCAAGAACCCGCAUGGAAGACACACAAAUGGAGCAAGACUGAAGGCAACAAGACUGUUCAUAGAAAAUUCCACUUCAAGCAGAUUGCGAGAGCUGUGAAGUUUACUUCCAAAUUGUUUGGCCGAGCUCUCUCUAAGCGCAUCAAAGCUACCAUUCUAUACGCUACCGAAACGGGCAAAUCUGAACAGUAUGCCAAUGAGUUAGGAACUAUAUUUGGACAUGCUUUCAAUGCGCAGGUCCAUUGCAUGUCAGAUUACGAUGUGUUUUCUAUAGAACACGAAACUCUAGUCUUGAUUGUAACAUCAACAUUUGGCAAUGGUGAACCCCCAGCUAAUGGAGAGGAUUUUGCUAAACAUCUCUUCCAAAUGUUGUAUAAUGAAAGGAAAAACCAAGAAGAUGCAAAUGAUGUAUUUAGUUCUGGAAACUACAAACUUCCAACACCGAAAUCAUUAAUGAGGACAAAUAGUUUAAUGGCACCUAACACCGAUUUUAAGAAACAGAUUUCACGUUUAGAAUCUAAUAAAAGUAGUAUUGCAGAAUCGUCAACAGUAGAUCAAAUAGGGCCACUCAGUAAUGUGUGUUUCGCAGUGUUUGCACUAGGAUCUAGUACCUAUCCAAAGUUUUGUAACUUUGGUAAAAAUAUAGAUAAAAUACUUGGUGAUCUCGGAGGAGAAAGAAUUCUGGAAUUGGCCUGUGGAGAUGAAAUGUAUGGACAGGAACAACAGUUUCGAAAUUGGUCAUCAAAUAUUUUCCACGUUGCUUGCGAAACGUUCUGUUUGGAUGAAAAUGAAAUGAUAAAAGAUGCAAAGAAAGCUUUAACUGCACUACCUUUAGGUGAAGAAACAGUGCGAUUUGGAAAACCAACCCCUGACAUUACAAUAAAGAAUGCACUUGAAACAAGCUUUAGAAAACAGUUAGUUGCGUGUAAAAUUAAGAAUAAUAAAUUAUUAGGCGACUAUACAUCAGAUCGUGCAACUAUUUUUGUUGAUAUGGAACCAGAGAUUGAAUUAAAAUAUGAACCUGGAGACCACGUUGGUAUAAUGGCGUGUAAUCGGAAAGAAAUAGUUGAUGCUGUAUUAGAAAGGCUAAAAGAUAUUGAAGACUAUGAUAAAUCUGUACAGUUACAAGUUAUGAAGGAAACACUCACACCCACAGGUGCUAUAAAAACAUGGGAAAGACAUGAACGUAUAUCGACAGCUACAAUAAGAGAUAUAUUCACUCGGUUUUUGGACAUUACGACACCGCCUACAACUACAGUCCUAAAGUACCUUGCAAAAUGUUGUAGCAAUAAAGCUGAUGAAGAGAACAUUAGUAAAUUGGCUACGGAUUCAUUUGCAUACGAUGAUUGGAGACAUUUCUACUAUCCUCAUUUAGCAGAAGUUUUGGAACAGUUUCCUUCAUGUCGACCUCAAGCUUCAUUAUUAGCAGCCUUGUUACCACCAUUGCAACCUAGAUUUUAUUCUAUAUCGUCAUCUCCGUUAGCACAUCACCCAAGAGUUCAUAUUACUGUAGCUAUAGUUGUCUACAAAAGUCAAAAUGAUCAAGGACCAGUACAUUACGGCGUAUGUUCAACUUAUUUGAAAAGUUUGAAGCCAGAUGACGAAGUAUUCAUUUUUAUUAGACGUGCUCCUAACUUCCAUAUGCCUAAAGACUUAUCAGUUCCUCUUAUAUUGGUUGGUCCUGGAUCAGGUAUUGCACCGUUCAGAAGUUUCUGGAAUCAUCGAAGAGAAGAGAUAAAGAAUCUCAAGGAGAAUAAACAUGAAAAAGAAUUGGGUCCUAUUUUAUUAUUUUUUGGCUGUAGAAACAGAGGAAUGGACUUGUAUAAAGAAGAAAAAAAGGAAGCCUUAGAACAGGGAGUUCUUACUAAAACAAUGGUAGCUUUAUCAAGGGAACAAGAUGUAGACAGAAAACAUGUUCAACAACUCUUAGAAGAUGAAGGUGCUGAAGUCACAAGGUUAUUAUUAGAUGAAGAUGGACACUUUUACGUUUGUGGUGAUUGUAAAAUGGCAGAAGAAGUACAACAAAAAUUAAAAUCAAUUAUAAAGGAACAAGCCAAAAUGUCGGACGAGGAAGUAGAUGAUUUCAUGCUUGAGCUAAUGGACGAAAACAGAUAUCACGAAGACAUAUUCGGUAUAACACUUAGAACGGCCCAAGUACAGAGCGCAUCACGAGACAUUGCCAAGAGAACUCGCCAGGAAUCCAUUCAAUCUCAGUAAUAAUCACAAUGCAUAUAAUAUUGCAUCAAGAAGCACCAACUUUUUUAUUUUGUUAACAUUCUAAAUAGAAUGUGCAUACACUAUUACCAAUGACUAUAAUAUGCAUAAGUAUACUUUCUAUUAAAAUGUUUCUUACUUCAAAAAUAAAUGCCAGAUAUUUUUAUUUAUUUUUAGUUAAUUAGAAUUAGAUUAUUUUAUAAAUGCUUUGAUACUGAUAAUAAAAUUAGCAUCAACUAUUAUUUCAAUGCUAUCUCUAAUAAUAAUUAGUGAAAUAAAUAAACAAAGAACUCAAUAAAUCAGAAAGCAAUUUAUUAAACAUAUUUAAUAAAUCUUUAUUAAAAGCCGUUUCAUAAUGAUACCUAUUUUAUAGAAUUUGGAAAAAUAAUAAUGUAUACGAUAUUUCAUCGUGAAGAUAUAGCCAGUCACGCAUAAAACUUAUAUUCAGAGAUAGAUACAAUUCAAGUUAGUUAGAUUUCCAAGAACACAUUUUUAUGUAAAAAGUAUAUAAUUUUGGAUUGAAUAAAUAAUUAAAGAUCAUACAAAUUAGUAUAUAGUUAUAAUAUUAGUUCAGUGUUUUAAUAGGUAAUAAGUAAAAUAAUAAAGACUAA